AUGGCGAUCCGACAAGUGGGCAGCAGGGGGCGAGUGGCUGCCGAGCUGUUGGACCAGAGAAGGGGCAGCCACCGUGAGGACAAGAGGCAGAUGCUGUUGGCGAUGCUCAUCUUGGUGCUGUAUGUGGGCACAGGGAUAUCAGGAAGAAGUUGGGAGGUAUCAGAAAGGAUCAGAGAAUGUAACUACCCCCAGAAUCCUGUGGCUUCUCAGGGGUUUGAAUACCAGACCAAUGAACUCUCAGAAGAGCCGGCAAAGGUCAUCAGGACCUGGUUGAAGGAGAACCUGCUUGUUUUCCUGGAGAAGCUAGAGAAAGAGGUGCGAGAGCUGGAGCAGCUGGUACAGGACCUGGAGGAGUGGCUAGAUGCCUUUCUGGGAGAGGGGCACCCCGAGGCACUCUGCUCCACCUUCAAAAGUCACUUGUGA